GUCACGCACUUCGCCAGUCACCCUGCUCCGCUGUUACCGUGUGGAGGCUGUGUUCGCUGUAGCUGCUAACCGUUGUUUUUCAGGUGAAGAUGGCCGCAGGUCCUCUCUCUGUAUCUUCCAAUGCCUCCACUAACAAUGAUGGGAUUCUCAUUGGCGACAAAUUUUACUCAGAAGUGUACCUUACAAUCGACAACUCGCUUGUACCGGAGGAAAGGCUCUCAACGACGCCGUCGAUGUUCGACGGCCUCGACCUGAACACAGAGGCCGACCUUCGUAUUCUUGGCUGUGAGCUGAUUCAGUCAGCGGGUAUUCUCCUCCGGUUGCCACAGGUCGCAAUGGCAACAGCUCAAGUACUUUUCCAUCGUUUUUUCUACUCCAAGUCCUUCGUCAAGCACAGUUUCGAGAUUGUUGCCAUGGCUUGCAUCAACUUGGCCUCCAAGAUAGAAGAAGCACCACGGCGAAUACGAGAUGUCAUUAAUGUUUUCCAUCACCUGAAGCAGCUCAGAGGAAAAAAGACUCCAAGUCCAUUGAUACUUGAUCAGAACUACAUAAAUACCAAAAAUCAAGUCAUCAAAGCGGAAAGGCGGGUCUUGAAGGAGCUUGGAUUUUGUGUGCAUGUCAAGCACCCUCACAAGAUCGUUGUCCUGUAUCUUCAAGUCCUGGAAUGCGAGAAGAACCAGACAUUGGUGCAGACAGCCUGGAACUACAUGAACGAUAGCCUGAGGACAGAUGUGUUUGUGAGGUUUCAAGCUGAGACGAUUGCCUGCGCUUGCAUAUACCUUGCUGCCCGAGCACUGCAGAUACCGCUGCCAACCAGACCCCAUUGGUUCCUGCUGUUUGGAGCCACGGAAGAAGAGAUCAAAGAUAUCUGCAUCACCACCCUGAAACUUUACACCAGGAAGAAGCCUAACUAUGAGCAGCUGGAGAAAGAGGUGGAGCGAAGGAAAGUGUUCUUGGCAGAGGCUAGGAUAAAGGCUAAGGGUCUGAAUCCUGAUGGUACUCCUGCACUGUCCACGCUGGGUGGCUUCUCACCUGCAUCCAAACCGUCCUCCCCUGUGGUCAAGGUGGAAGAGAAGUCCCCGAACCCCCAGACUGUCAAACCAGUUAAAAAGGAACCGGACAACCGUACCCAGGUCAACAAGAGUCCACAUAAUGGGUUAAGGAAGGAGGUAAAGAUUGGGAGGAACAGUAGGAGUGGAAGUCGUUCUCGUUCGAGAACGCGUUCGCGGUCAAGAUCACGCUCCUUUCGCAGACAUUACAACAGCAGACGCAGCCACUCAGGGACCUACAGUUCUCGUUCACAUUCUCGCUCUCACAGCCGUAGCCCAUCACCACAGCGGCAUCCGCCCUCACCACUCCUCCCCCACCUUAAAUCCAAGUCCAGUCACCACAGUAAUAGCGACUCCAAGCCCAGCGGUCGUCACAGCAACAGCGGAGGUGGAGGCUCCGGUCAUAAAAGGAAGCGCUCGCGCUCUCGGUCGCGGUCCCGCAGUCCAGUCAAAGUAGAAAGGGACCGUGACAGAGAGAGGGAACGCGAGAGAGACAGAGACCGCAGCUCCUUCGACCUGUCGUCAAAGAAACACAAACAUGACCGAGGAAGUGGCCAUCGAGACCGGAGGGACAGGGAGCGGUCCCGAUCCUACGACAGGGACAGAGAGAGGGAGCGUAGCCACAAGAGCAAACACCACAGCAGUAGUGGGCACUCGGGACACAGCCGCCACCGUCGCUGAGACCCAAACCGACCCUUUCUGGCUCUGGGGCUGAUGGUCACAUGAGUACUUUGAGUAUAUGCAAAUCAAAUUAGACGCGCCCUCUGAACAUUGACUGGCAGAUUGAUGCUUAAAUUAAAUAUUUGUGCAGAAGGUAAAACAGAAGUUAACCAAACAUCCACAUAACAGAAGAGAUUUUUGUACCUUGCUUUAUUAAAGACCAAAAAUUUUCAAAAACCUUGUCGAAGCUGCCGUGACUGAAAACACGUUUAAUUGGAUUUGCCAUUUUGUAUACCAGCUGGUGUCCUUCCUCUGAAUUUGCUGGGUUUCUCAUACACACCUGGCGUCAGACCAUCAGCGUAUACAAGUUGAUUUUAAUUUUUCUAAUUUUGUUGAAGUCACAAAACAUCUGCCAGCAUUAUGAUUCAUCUCAGUGGAAACAGUGGAGCCAGAUAACUCACCACGCGUCUCAUGUACAAAUGUCUUUGAUGGCUUUGAGUCUCCUACAGAGCAGCAGAUCUGUAGCUGACAUCUAUCUUGGGUGGUUGAUGGUUUUGCAUCUACAUGCAAACUGCAGCUGUGACCACCACCAUGAGGUGCUCUACAAUUACCUUUAAACAUUUGCCCAGACUGGCAAAGGCAAGGUUGUAGUGUGACAUCAGCUCCAGACCCAACCAUAUAUCCUGACAAACCAUCUAGCCUACCCAGCCCAGCCCCCUCUUGUUGUUUUUUUUUCUCCAUUCCUCCCUUUUCUUUUUUAGUUUUACAUAUAAUGUUAUGGACAUUUGGGGGGGAAAUUAUUUACAGUGUAAAGACGGAUUGAUGACCACUGACAAAAUGUGAAUGCUUUGAUUUAUAAAAGCAAAUGGCUCAGUGGACGUACUGAAGAAUAAAUGUAAAAUAAACAUUCAGGAAAGAUCAAAAUGUUUGCACAGUCUUUGUUUUCUUUUUUUUAUUGAACAGAUAUGUUGCUGAUGCUGUAUUUUGUACAGUUUCAAAAGAGUACUGUCUAUUUGACUUUUUCUUCUUUUCUUUUUUUUUGACCUCCCAGCAGGGAGUGCAGACUUGCUGCAAAAAGAUUUUAGGAUUGUCCGUUUUGUUACACUGGUUUUUAGUCUGCACGUGUUCAUGUCCAAUUUUUAUUCAGUAAUAAAUGAGCUAUGCCACUGA